AUGUCUCAAGAGAUUUUUAAUAAAGUAAGUUCACAAGUUUUGUUAAAAUAUUGUCGAAAAUUUAGGAUAAUGGAGAUGCUAACGAGGAUGUUUGGGACGAUACAGCCAUGAUCGAGAUGUACGACAAGUGUAAGGCAGAGGCAAUGGAGAAGAUUCGAAUCAGCACAAGUCAGGAAAAUGUAAGUUUUAGAUUUUGGGUUGAAUUAUGGGUUUAUGUUGUAGUAGUGAAUAGGUAAAGGGGUUUUUGCUAUAACUUUUUUUUAAAUGAUAGAUAAGGGCUCUAAUAUUUUAUUGGGUCUAGUUUGUGAUAUUUUUCAACUAUUAAAUUAAAAAACGUUUCAAAAUUGGUUUGGGUUUUGAAGUUAUAUUACUUUUACAAUCACUUUGCUUUUUCAAAGUUUUUCAAAAAUUUUUGUAAAAAUAUUAAGUUAAUCGUCUAGUAAUGCGUUUUUAAACAAACUAUUAAUUUUUAUACUUUUCAGUUGUCUAACAAGGCCUGGAAAGUGGAAGAUUUGUGUAUGGCCCCAUACGAAGAUGGCAAGUGGUACCCAGCUAAAGUGUUGUCGAUUGAUGGUGAUCGUUGUAAAGUAUGCUACACAGAAUACAAUGAAGAAGCCGAAGUUGAUGUGAAAGAUUUGUUAAGGUAAGAGUUUAUUUUUUUGUGUUUCGAAACGCUAGGCGCAAACUGAUGUCUGGUCGGUUCAGGAAGGACACCGUGCUCUAUGGGGAAUCUGGAGAAGUUCAGCGUGCGAACGGUGUUUAUGUUCAAAAAAAUGUUUCUGCGUCUGAAGAGGGGUUGUAUCAAGUAAAAGAGACGUUGUAUAGUAUAUAUGACAGUCAAUAUGAAGACUUUAAUCAACCAGAAAUGAAACCUCACAAGAAACGUGAUAUCAACAACAAACCUGAAUGGCUGGGCAACUUCUACAAUACUCCUGGGUAUGAACAAUCUACAGAACAUUCAUAUGGUGUAAAUACACCUACAACAUCAAUAGAAGCUUCUGAACGACCUCGAUUCUUUACAACAACAAGUAAUAUGGUACACCCUAUCACAUUAACAGAGAAAACUCAAAAGUUUCUCAAAAGGAAGACUUUAAAUCCGAAUGAUGUUAUUGUAAAAAAGGGGAAGACCGAGCAGAUUGAAGAGUUGUUGCAGACAACGAAAAAAGGAGCAUCUAACGAUGGAAAAAUAACAUUAACAAGAUCAAAAACGGAAGAAAUACAAGAAAUGUUGAAGAAGGCGAAGAGGAAGAAUUCAGAUGAAGUAUUGUUAGAAGGGAAGUUUAAAAAGCUAGGAGAUAAAGAUGCCCAACUCUUCCGGAAGCCAAAAUUAAAAAUUUUCCAAGAUCUGUCAACCUCGUCAUCGUGGAAGAAGUUGAAUUCAGAAUCAGAAGACAAAAACGAAAUUUCAGUUUUCAAAAUUCCAACCGGCUUCAAAACUCAGUAUCAGCUACUGAACGACAAGAAAAAAGGACUAGAAUUACCACCGUGCACGGCUACAGACUUCAACUGGGCUCCAAAGUUUGGAAACACUGAAGCUCCAGAGCAAUUGUUACCUGAUUUCGUCUUCGAUCGACGAUUUUGCGAACAAGACCAGAUCUUCUCCAUAGGCACGAGCAAAGUCAAGUUUGCCUGCGCCAAAGCACGGCUAUUCAGCUACAAUAUCGACCGGUUGAAGGGGGUGCGCACGGAUUUGGUCUUUGUCAAGAACAAGGUCAUGGUGAAGGCCGAGCACACGUUCCUGGCCAAGGCGUCGCUGAACAGUGCGAACAAAAGACUUAUUGCGAAUAGAGUUGCGGCCACAAAUGUGUUUUUGAAUCACCUAACUCAAGGUAUAAUAAGCGAUAUUUGCAGUGAGGACGGGGUCGAGAAGGAUUCGCAGGACAAGAUGGAGGUGACCGAGGAGGCGGCCGCUUCACAGGAAUAUGUAAGGCAUUUCGAGGUUUUUAUUGUGGUAUCAGUAUUUAUAGGGUUUAGUUUUACAUCUUUAGUUUUGUGAUUUUAAAAUUUUAAUGUUAUUUUUGAUGCUAUAUUCAGUACGAUACUAUUUUACAUUGAUUACGCCUCCAUUUUACCAAUCCCCCCAUUUCAGAAGCCAGUAUCGAGUAAACUGUUCCCAAUCCCAUCGAUUUGCCCGCCCCCACCCGCUCUGUUCGCCAAGAUUGCCAAGUCAGGAAACGAGAAGGAGGCCCUGACCAACAUGCUGAUGAGUUGGUACAUGAGUGGCUAUCACACCGGCUUCUACGAAGGCUUCAAGGAGGCCCAGAAGAGCAUCCAACUCGGCAAACGAAAGUAA